UUAUGACUCUCCCGUCAAAUGCAAGCUGAUAGACCAUGAUCAACAGCUUGUGGUAUGUACAGUGUUUGACAGUUGAAGUCUUUGAAAUUCAGAAACUCGUAUCGUCCAAAACUUUGUCGUGUGGUUAUGGUAUCUUUCAAAGCAGUCUGGAAUGAGACCCAACAGAACAUUGAGGGACCUGAAUUGUGAGACAUGAAAUAGAUGAUGAGUCACAACAGAAAGGACAGAGUAAGAAAACGUGUCUCUCGGGAGAUGCAAAGUCCCCUGGCAUCAGAGGAGAUUGAAGACAAACCAACAGGACAAGUUGGAGCAGCAGAACUUUGCUGCCCGGACAAACACGAAAUGGAGGACCAGCCAGAGGAGAAGCCAGAGUCUCCUGGAUCUCCUGAGUCCUUAAAAAGUGAAGGCUCACUGGACUUGCCGAUCAACUUCAAUCAAGAAGGAUGUGAAGAACUCCCAAAAAGGGAGAUGAGGCUUGAGAGAGCACAGUCUCCGACUCUAAGUUAUCUGUCAAUGAGAACUGAUCGCUCCAUGGAACCACCACCUAAUCUUGACAUUUCCUCCAUUCAGAGGUUUAUAUUCCAAACUGUGUAAUGUUUAUGGUUUCCCUGUAUGUAAAUGGUUUCCAUGUAUUGAAGGAACUACAGUAUGUCUUGGUUUGACAUAGUUACCUAUUUAGUUACAUUAUAUCCAAAAGUUCCUUAAGUUAAAAACUAGUAUGAAACGUUUGUGUGAGGGCGCAAAUUAAUGCGUGUCCAUUAUUUACAGGUUAACAAAACAAGACAGAUCAGAAUUUUCCGAACAAGAAGCACAUGCAGAAAUGGUAUCGCAAAUAUAUAUACAUAUAUUUGUAAAUUACUUUACAAAGUUUUAGAAACAUUACUGUUUUUUGUAGCAAUGAUAAUUAGAUAUUAGUGUGAGCAGGACUAAUUAUCCACACCACACAUUUUUCCCAGGCUGCAUAUGUUCCCCAGUUUCCUCAGAGAAUUGAAGACUGGACUACUGAGGAGGUGCAAGAUUGGCUGACAAAAAUACUUCGAGUCCCUGAAUCGGUUUCCAAGAAGCUUUAUGACCAAGACGUAUCAGGAGGGUGUCUGGUUUGCUUCGAUAAAAAGGACUUAAUAGAUCUAGGUUUAACAAUAGGGCCUGUUGUUCAAAUCAUAAAAAUGGUAGACAAGCAAAGAAAAAAAGAGGAGCAAGAAGCAAAGAUGCAAGAAGUCAAUGUUGGAAAAUAUGAGCGAACACAGGAGAUAGACACAGUGAAAUCAGACUCAGAAGGUCUAAUGGCUGCUUCUUGGAUGCCAUUGGAGAGAAUGGAUGCAAACACUACAGACACAGUGACACCAGAGAAAAUAAUAUGUGUUCCUCGGCUGUUUGAUAAAAAGGACCCCUCAUUCAUGUACUCACAGAAUAAUAUCCUUCCAUUAGCUGUUGGUCCAAGCGAUCUCAUAGAACCUGUACAUGAAUACAAUCUGCUACUAGGUAACGUGGAAGAGGUCAGUGAGAGAGAGAUCCUUUACGAGUUUUGUAACAAGGCGGUUUGCUUUGCAGCAAGCUGCAUGAAUUCUCGCACCAAUGGAACCAUCCAUUUUUGCGUCAUUGGUGACCUAGGGAGCACACACGGACAGAUUGUUGGUCUAAAUGUGUCUUCUUUUAACGACUAUAUAAUUGAGUUUGAUAUGCGCCUGGACCAACACUUUAAAGAGAACAAAAGAAUUGCUAAAGCAUGUGUCCGUCCCCCACAGUUCUUCCAAGUUCAAAACAUAGACGGCACAACUUCUGGCAAAUACGUGAUUGAGGUCGAUGUUAUCCCCACAUAUUUUGAGACUCAGGAGAUGUUGUUUUAUACAUAUUUAUACACAUCACCAGAGGGACAACAUGUGGGCUGCAACACUGAAUGUCUUUUUGUACGGCAAGGUACCAGGAGCAUGAACAUUCUAGCAGACCCCAAUCAAAAAACACUGCGGGAGCGCGAAAGAGUGAUAACCGAAGAAGUGAAAAAUUGGGCCUCGACUCGCAAGGAGAUGGAGAAGAAGUGUCACACACCCAAACCAGGGCAACAAGGCCAUAAGCUCAAACAACUGAUAACUCAUGGGAGAGGCACACUUGAAAAUUCGCUGUAUGUUAUCCUAGUCACAAACAAGUGCCACCCUAGUCAGCUUGAGCAUUUACAUUUUUUGAAAGAGAUGAAGUUGUUUGCUGUGCUCGAGUUUCACCCUGAAUCGGACAAAUCUGGGACAUGCGGUUUCUACAGAAAGGAUCGUAUAGCUAAUCUACACUAUCCUCGGGUGUACAACACCCAAGAGAACGUCUCCAAUCUUAUUGCAAAGCUUAACUUGUUCAAGCAGACAAGCUGGGUAUUUUGUAACGGACGGGCAAAUGAGCAAGACGAACAAGACAUGCCGUUCUCUCCCAGUGACUGGUUGAAGAAACGCGCAGGAGAAGUUAGCGACAUGGUUUCGAUCCUCUGCAAUCCGGAUGUGUUGCCAAAAGAUCGUUUACUGAUGGUCUUCCUUCUUCACUCAGUGGAGACCGAUGUCUCAAGUCCCAUCAUGGAGACCUUCUGUGCUAUAUAUCGCAACCUAGAAGGAGAGGAUAACAUGAUCUGCCUAUGCAAAGACUCCACUGUGUUUAGUCAAUGGAAAGAACUGAUCAACACUCGCUGCAAAGUUGACAUCACUCGUAAAUGCAUCUACGAACUGAGUCUGAAUGAGAUUGACAGCACAAUAAGAAAACUGAAAGAACCUCGGACCCAGUCUUCCUGCAGGUACCUGCCGUCCAUUGGCUCCAGCUCAGUCCUCCUCACAAAGAAAGAUGAGGAGAAGAUGACUGACCUCAAUAUCCUGUGUGAGAACGAAUGUGAGGGCUCAGAAAUUGAGACAACCGAGUCUUUCAAAGACUUUACGACAAAAACGGAGGAAGACUUUUACCGGGGUGGUCAGGUGACUUGGUGGAACUUCUACCUGUCUGAGAGACCAGGCUGUCUUCCAUUCAUCAAACGAAACAGUUUUGAAGAUCUUCAAAACUUGAUCACAGAGAGCUCCACAUUUUCGUGCGUUAUGAUCAACUUGUUCCACCAUCCAGGCUGUGGAGGAACAACAAUGGCAAUGCAUGUUCUGUGGAGCCUCAGAAGGAAAUUUCGAUGUGCUGUUUUGAAAAACAACAUAGCUCAUAACAGUGACAUCGCAGUCCAAGUCUUGCACCUGCUGACCUGUGGCAGAGAGGAGCAGUCAAGCUACACACCUGUUCUUCUCCUGGUAGACAACUGGGAGGAUGUUGAGGACCUACAGCGAUGCAUUCUGAAUGAGGCAAGAGAGAAAAAAAGACAGGAGGGUGUACUGGUCGUCAUUCUGAACUGUGAGAGAACACAGUUCCCAGCUGAACUCUCCAGGAAUAGCAGAAUUGACAAUGUAUUCAUCACCAACAAACUAUCCCCCAAAGAGAAAAAAUUCUUUAAUGAGAAAUUGAAAGACCUUAAGGACAACCAUGAGAAACCUGAAACCUUCUAUGCUUUUAUGAUCAUGACAAACAAUUUCAGUGAGGAAUACAUUGAGAAUCUGGUGUGCAACACCCUUAAAGAUCUGGAUACCUCCAGCAAACAGGGACGACUUCUUUCUUUCUUGGCAAUACUGAACACAUAUGUGAAUGGUUCAUGUAUGUCACUUUCUCUGUGUGAAGAGUUAGUGGGGAUAAGGAAUGCCUUAUGGGAAAGAGAGACACUAGAAGACAAGAUGAAUCCGUACUCCACUCUGCUAAUCCACUUCUCUGUUGAAGAACAUGGCACUUAUCAAGCUGUACGGUUUCUACACCAAAUGAUUGCCAGUAAUUGCCUAAAAGUCUUGACCAAGAAGCACAACCUAUUUCGAGGAGAAAUAACAACAAAUCUGUUGCACUGUGACUUGCUUUACAAGUCUUGCAUGGGGAAAGACAUCCUGGUUCAAAACAUCCAAAGUAUGCUGAUAACACGACAUCGGAAAGAACUUGGAAAUGACAAAGACACGCUGUUCUCUCCUUUGAUUGAGGAUAUAUAUAACGAUGAGGGAACUGAACAAAUCAAGCAGGUAUUGAUAAAGGCAACAGAUAGAUUUGACAAAAAUGCAACAGUGCCUCAAGCUUUGGCAAGACAUUUCUAUCUGAAAGAGAAGGACUUUAAAUCUGCCUUGCAUUGGGCUGAAGACGCACAGCAGAAGAAGUACAAUUCCUACAUUGCGGACACACUUGGACAGGUGCAUAAAAGCAGCAUGAAACAGGAACUUAAUCAAGGUUUCACCCCAAAGAUGUUAGACAUAUGCCUCAAGUCAGCAUACAAUGCCAUAAAAGCAUUCAGAGAUUCUCAAGAUCUCGCAAGAAAAGAUGAACCACCAGAUCCCUUUGACCAGCGCAAUAGAAAAAAACAAAAAAGCUACAACACAUCAGGCUAUGUAGGUGAGAUGGAGGUAACAAUGAUCAUUUUUGAUUUCAUCAAAUACAUUCCCUUCUUCAAUGAAAGUCCUUACCAGAAGGACAGAAUGUUGCAGUUCCUCAGCGGUCGACUGUCCACAAAAGAUUUACACAUUGGAAACACUCAGAUAGAUUCUGAGUUUAUUGCUAUCCUAGCAGACCAUGAGAGAUUCUUAGUGUCUUUGAGGCCACGAUUAAAGGAAAGCUUCACUUUCUUUGAGAACUACUUUACUUACUUAAAACCCAGGUCCAUUGAGAGGGAAACAGUAGAUGACAAAAACAAAAGAAAAGUGUCUAAAUACUUCAAUGAAUACAUGCAGAUCUUCUGUGCCAAGGAAGAGAAAGACACAGAAAAAGCUAGUAAACCACGCCUGAGUGUGAGCCAGGAAGUUCAGGACCAGCGACGCUACUUAGAGGAAAAAAGAGCGGAUUCAUUUGCCGGGCUCCUUCAAUGUUUGACUGAGAAGAACCGAAAUCAAAUGGAGUUCAUUAUGAACAAAUGGCAGUUCAUAGUUGAUCAUUCAGUUCGGAAAUCAUUGUCCGACAGAAUACAUUAUAUCCUGACAAACAUUGUUCUUCACUCAAUGAAACCAAGUUCAGGGUUACUGAAAAAAUAUGAAGACUUGGUGUCCUUGCUCAAUGAGAUGCUGCAAGAUGAAGGAACCCAUUCAAACUGCACAGAGCUGUACUAUCUCUCCAUGUUGCUGAUGUGGCCAAAUAACGACAGUAUGCUCAAGAACACAACAACUUUCAAAAACAUCGCCACAUAUGUCACAGCAUCCAAGAAGUCGUUUAAUCGUCGUUUUUCUCACAUGUUUCCAGCAAGGUCUGCCAUAUCACAUUUUUACCUCGGAAACUCCCAAGGUCUGAAGAGAAUAAUAGGCAAAGAAAAACUUGAACAGGCUCUGAAACCAUCUCCAAAGUCUUCAAAAGACCGACUCUGGCAGACUGGGCUAAUAUGGAAGGAGCCGGAAGUUAAGAAACUCCUGUUACGUGUUAAAGGGAAAACAGAAAAUGGGGAAAUCCAUCAUUUUUGUGGCAAUGUCAAAAUCCUGGUGCGUCCUGUGUACCUUGGAGGGGUACGUCCUGGGUGUAGUGUGGAGGAAGUCUCCUUCUAUCUAGGAUUCAGCAUGGAAGGACCUGUCGCCUACGACCUCCAGUAUGUUAAUGACCCGUAAACAGCAGUGAGAGAUGUUCAAGUGUAAAACAAAAGAGCAACAGUUGGAAGGAACAAUGAAGGAUGUGAAAGGAUAGAGGAGAACAAAAAAAAGAGUACAGUGUUCAUUUAUUGAUUUGGAGGGGGGGGGGGGGGGGGGGGGAGACACACGAUUUGUCGAUUUGUUGUUAUUUACCACAAAGACCAAUACGUUUUGUGUGUUUAUUUUUUUAAUUUACUGUAGUUCUUACUGAUGAGAUGGUA